UUCCGGCCGUCACGACUCCAGCUGUACAGCAAGUCAGCGCAGACACGUACGUGGAAGUGCUGUUUGAAAAUGGCAGAGAAAAAGCCGCCGCUGCAGUCGUCGAGUACGAACCUUCUGUUCUCCAGCACGUCGGACUUCAGUUUCAACGUGCCCUUCAUACCGGUGAGCCAGGCUGCGGGUCCGGCGGUGCUGUCGGGAGAAGACUCCGUGGAGGUCGGUGAGGAAGACAGCUUUCUUGGUCAGAGCACUGCACACAGCACCCAACCGUCAACUUUCAGCUACUUCAGUAAGACCACCACAAGCAGUGACCCCUUUUCCAGCAUUGGGCAGCAGGCAUUUUCAAGUACAGCAAUGGCUGGCGGGCCCAGUGCUUCAUCAAAAGGUUUUGCGGCCCCCUCUCCAGGACACAAUACACUUCCAAAGACUGUUCCACCAGCGCAGGCAGAUCAUGUUCUGCCACCUGCCUUUCCACAGUCGACGGGCCCAGAGGUUCUCGUAGGGUCCUCGCCACCCUCAAGUGCCAUGCCUCCACUACCUGGAUCGUCCCAGCAGGCGGGCUUCAACCCUUACCGCCAUACUCCUCAAAGCAGUAAAGCCAAUCCCUACUUGGCUCCGCCACAGCUGCAACAGAGCCAGGCCCAGCAGCAACAGCAGCAGCUGCCUUUCCUCCCUCCUUCCACCAGCGUGCCACCUUCCCAGAGCUACUUGACACCUUCAGUGCCACCGACACAGGCUCCAGUGAUGCACAACCCUCAGCUUAGUGCUCCCCCUGCUGGUCCCGUAAUUUCUGCACCUCCUAUGACACCCUACAAUUAUAACGUGUAUGAGCCAGUGCAGCCCCACUGGUUUUACUGCAAGCAGGUGGAACAGAAGCACAUCUGGCUGCCCUUCAGCUUCAUGGAUUCUGCCCAGUUAGAAGAGGUGUUCAACUCUGUGCAGCCAGAUCCAGAGAAUGUGACGGUGUGCACCGACGGUGGCCGCUACGACGUGCAGCUGUACGAUCGACUGAGGCAUUCCGUCUACUGGGAGGAGGAGCCAUCAGAGGUGCGCCGAUGUUCCUGGUUUUACAAAGGAGACACGGACAGUCGCUUUGUGCCCUACACGGAGGAGUUCAGUGAAAAGCUUGAGUCGGAAUACAAGAAAGCCGUAUUUACCAAUCAGUGGCACAAACGUCUGGAGUUCCCAACUGGCGAGACCAUUGUCAUGCACAACCCAAAGGUCAUUGUUCAAUUCCAACCAUCCUCUGUACCGGAUGAGUGGGGAACAACCCAAGAUGGCCAGACCCGGCCAAGAGUAGUUAAGAGGGGCAUAGAUAAUGAGCAAGAUGACGUUCCUGAUGGUGAGGUUGCCCAGGUGGACCACGUUGUAUUCAUGGUUCAUGGGAUUGGCCCAGUAUGUGACCUGAGGUUCAGAAGCAUGGUUGAAUGUGUUGAUGACUUCAGGAGUGUGUCCUUGAAACUGGUGCAGAGUCACUUCAAGAAGGCUCAAGAAGAAAAGAAAAUCAACCGCAUCGAGUUCCUUCCUGUCCUGUGGUACAUGGCCCUACAUGGAGAUGCGACAGGCGUUGAUCGGAGGAUCAAAAAAAUCACCCUGCCAAGCACUAGCCGCUUACGACACUUCACCAAUGAGACACUGCUGGACAUCUUGUUCUACAGCAGUCCCACCUACUGCCAGACGAUAAUCGAUACUGUGAGUCAGGAAAUGAACCGCAUGUGGGCCCUGUUCAAGCACCGAAACCCAGACUUCAGAGGCGGAGUGUCCGUAGCAGGGCACAGUCUAGGUGCUCUUAUUCUUUUUGACAUCCUGUCCAAUCAGAAGGAUGUGUGCGGACGUGGUGGCCUCCUGCCGUCUCCCCCUCUCAUUAAUGGAGAAGUAAGGGCCGUUCACCCCACUGCUGACCAGGUGAAGGCUCACCCCAAUAAAGCUGUGGAGGAUGCAGCACCAGUUGACGAGCAGGUGUUGGAAGAAGCAAAUGGCAAAGAUGUUGUGGAGGAGCCAGUCAGUUUGGCAUCUGCACUGGAAGGCCUUGGUCUGUCUGAAUUCCUGGGCACCUUUGAGCGGGAGCAGAUUGACAUGGAAUCACUGCUUUUGUGCACAAUGGACGAUCUGAAAGAGAUGGGAAUUCCUCUGGGUCCCAGGAAGAAGCUCAUCCAGUUAGUGAAAGACAGAGUAAGCGCCCAGCAGCAACAGCAGAAAGUGGCAGCUGAGAAGAGGGCAGAAAUGGAGGCUAACAAGGCCAAAGCAGAGGCUGCCACCAGCAGAAGCCAAACAGAGCAGGAACCCAGGAAGUCAGCAUCCAUGGGGGGUUCCAUUUCUUCCAGAAAUGUGGACUAUGAUCACUUUGAGGUUGGCACAGGCCAGGUGUCCGUCUUCUACCAUUCUCUGGACUUUGAGCCUAUUAACUUCUUUGCCUUGGGCUCUCCAGUUGCCAUGUUCUUGACCGUUCGUGGCGUAGAGAAGAUUGAUGAAACUUACUGUCUCCCCUCUUGCCAAGGCUUCUUCAAUAUUUACCAUCCUUUGGACCCCGUGGCAUACCGCAUGGAGCCCAUGAUCAUUCCCGAACUGGACCUCAAGCCUGUGCUGAUUCCACACCACAAAGGCAGGAAGAGACUUCACCUUGAGCUCAAAGACAGCCUGUCCCGAAUGGGCUCCGACCUCAAGCAAGGCUUCAUCAGCUCCCUCAAAUCAGCCUGGCAGACCCUUAACGAAUUUGCACGAGCACACACCUCUUCUACCCAACUCCAAGAGGAGCUUGAGAAAGUCGCCAAUCAAAUCAAGGAGGAGGAAGAAAAGCAGGAUCGGGAAGAUCAGAAAAUGAUAGAAAGCAUUGAUUCUCCUAAGGACGAGGACAUGUCUGCCAAGAUUGGGAUGCUAAAUGGUGGCAAUCGGAUCGAUUAUGUCUUGCAGGAGAAGCCAAUUGAAAGUUUCAACGAGUACCUGUUUGCCCUGCAGAGCCACCUGUGCUAUUGGGAAUCGGAAGACACGGCCCUGCUGAUUCUGAAUCAAACCUAUAAGCGGAUGGGAGUCGUCCCUGAGCACAACCUGCACUGACCCACGAUGGACACCAGGUGGCACUGAUGGGUUUUCUAUGAACUGCACAUUUUUUAGACCUUUUUUGAGCCCUGAAGAGGAGCGCCAGUGAAGGGCAGCUGCAGUCUGCAGUGUGCGUGGAGCAGCUCCGUAGUGCCCCCUUGCUAUGGGGGGGAUUGUAAAGCAAAGACCCAUAAAGAUUUCAUUUGUAUGUUC